AUGUCCGGUGGAAAGCCUCGUGGUCUCAACGCGGCCCGCAAGCUGCGCAACAACCGCCGUGAGCAGCGGUGGGCGGAUCUUGCGUACAAGAAGCGUGCUCUCGGCACUGCUUUCAAGUCCAGCCCCUUCGGUGGCUCGUCCCACGCCAAGGGCAUUGUUCUCGAGAAGGUCGGCGUCGAAGCCAAGCAGCCCAACUCCGCUAUUCGCAAGUGCGUGAGGGUCCAGCUCAUCAAGAACGGCAAGAAGGUCACUGCUUUCGUACCUAACGAUGGUUGCCUGAACUUCGUCGAUGAGAACGACGAGGUCCUCCUCGCCGGUUUCGGUCGCAAGGGCAAGGCGAAGGGUGAUAUUCCCGGUGUGCGGUUCAAGGUUGUCAAGGUCUCUGGUGUCGGUCUGCUUGCUCUCUGGAAGGAGAAGAAGGAGAAGCCGAGAUCAUAG